AGCCAACUGGAUUCUUCAACCCUUUCCUCGUUAUUUUUGAAUUUCUCUGGAAGGUCCUUGAAGAAGAUGGGCAUCAACUCCCCUUACCACUCCUCCAUGGAGAAGGAGAUCACCAAGGCAUGCAAGAUCUUGGACGCGUUCUUCAAUCCCAAGAUGGACGCGGACAAGGCUGUGCCGUUCGAACUGCUUCAGAACGCCGCAGGCAUUGCGUUCUUGACCGUGAUCAAGGCUGGGAUGAUCUGGACUGGCAAGGUCGGCACGGGGAUCGUGUUGUCGCGCCUCGAAGACGGCAGCUGGAGUCCGCCGUCGGGCAUCGGGACAGCCGGUGUGGGCUUUGGUGCCGAAAUCGGUGGGGAGAUCAUUGACUUCAUGAUCAUAUUGGGGUCUCAAAGCGCCGUGCAAAGUUUUAAGCGAGGCACGCAGCUCUCCGUGGGUGCAGGCUUGGAGUUGGCCGUCGGUCCCGUCGGUCGUGCAGGCGGCGCCAACGUCAACGCCGGCGGCAGCGGACUCAGCAGCAACUACACGUACAGUCACGCCAAGGGUCUAUUUGCCGGCGUCGGGUUACACGGCUCGACGAUCCUCGUGCGCGGCGAACUGAACACCACAUUCUACGGCCGCGAGGUGUCUCCAAUGCAGAUCCUGAGCGGCGGCGUGACCCCACCGCCAGGCUCAUGCGACCGACUCUUCGAAACCCUUCAACGCGCUGGCGCUGACAUGUCUGGCGGUCGGUCGAGCGAGCCCUUCCACGUCGGCGACUACGGCUCGCAUCCACUCACGGGCUACGGGGACACCCACCGCACCAGUCGAUCGUUCUCGGGCAGGCGCGACUCGGCUCCGUCCGCUUCCAGUGCGGGGCAUGCGUCGGCAGCGCCGUCCCGCCAAGCGUCGUUCGGCACGUCGUCGUCCAAUGGACCGGACCCGCGGCUCCGGCGGUUUACUGGCUACAAGACCGAACAAGAAAUCUAUGCCCAGUACGCGAAACCCGCCGCGGCCGUGGCGGCGCCCCCCGCUCCUAGUACUACUAGCACCUCAAGUAGCAGUAGUAUUAGCACUAGUUUGAGUAGUAGCGCCGCGCCGACGUACCAGCGCACGACGAGCCAGGUGCGCAGCGCGCCGGCGAUCCCCGGACCGGCAGAAGGCGGCGAGACGAAGCAGGUCUUUACCGAGGUGAUCAACUUCAUGACGUCGCGCGUGCCGUACGCGGACAUCCAGACGUUCAAGGACAACUGCCGCCGCUUCGGGCAGGACCAGAUGUCCCUCGAUGCCUACUUCUUCUACCUCAACUCAGUGUGCACCACGAGUUUGCUUCGCGAGUUGAUUCCAAAGCUCGUGCGGCUGCUGCCGACGCACGAGAAGCGCGUGGGGCUGUGGGAGCUGUAUGUGAAACAAGUGUAUUGAAGAAGCGAGACGAAUGGUGAUAAUAUAACGACUUUACAAACUGAUUGCUAGUUGAUACUUUUACGACGGUGACGUGGCGCCACCACGUACUAGGUAGGAUGAGGAUGGUUGGGGGAAUCGGUUGGAAGGAGGGUCAUCGCUGACCGAUACGUUCUUGGACCAUUGCCUUCUGGAUUGUGAAGUCCAAGGAAUAUGCCUACAAGGUCGACCAC